GUUCGAACAGGGCAAUAUUUAAUGAUUCAAUUGAUUGAUACCCUAUCCUUGUCUAGGACCAACCAGCAGGACGACAACUCUCAUAAAACAUGGAUUUCACAAAAUCAGCACCGAGUCUGCACACGCUCCCAGUGGAGAUAUUGUGCUACUUGUUCUCCUUCCUUCAUGCCUCAUCAAUCUUGAGUUGUACAUCGACGUGUCGCUACCUUCGCAAAGUCCUUGAUGACUCCUCUGCACUGCAGUAUGCGAUUGAACUCGAAGGACAAAAGAUGGUGGAGGUUACUGCGCCAGACGCAAUGACAUCUCCCGCAGAACGCUUAGAGAUACUGAGAAAUCAAAUGUGUUCCUGGCGAGCGUUUAAACCCACCAUCGUAGAUCAUUUUCUGCAGCCAGGUGGCGAGGUAUCCAUGUCAUUCGGGCAUUUGUAUACCUGGGAUGAUCGUCCCCAGAUCGCGCAAAUUCGCAUGCUGGACUCAGGCACUUCGGAGUCCCAGUUAUAUAGGCGCUGGGAUGCAAAGAGUUAUCCGAUGCCAAAAGACACUCCUUUCCGAGUCCACAGCGUCUGCAUGGACCCAUCACAAGAUUUGUUUGCUUUUGUGGUACUCGAGCCGAACCACAUGGCAGAAAUUUCUUGCCGAAUUUACUUGGAGACCCUUAGCACGAGCGAGCCGCACCCUUUGGCUGCCAGUGAGAUCCUGACCUCCUUCAAGCCACACAUCUCAGCAAACUGCCACUUUGACCAGACAAAGAUAAAGCUCAAAAUCUGGGGGGACCGCAUAGUGCUCUUGAGCAUCUGCGAUGAAUAUUCUGCUUGUCCUGCAAGAAUGCAGAUUUGGAACUGGCAAGAGAAACAGGACUUCAAGUGUGUCUAUCGAGAACAGGAACCAUACGGCAAGAUGGAUGACUGCUGUAUCAAUGACCGGCCGCCUCUACCAUGCAAACUGAGCAUCUUUUCAUUUUCUGACCUUGGGAAACCCCCAGUCCGAGUUGCAGAAUGUGUCCUACCCUUUCAACCAGAGGGAACAUUCCUGCGGCAUUCUCCAUUUGUAACUAUCAGCCCAGACAUCCGUCGUUCUAUGGCCCCUCAGGACGUACGCUUCUAUCCAAACGCUAAAAAUCAGCUCAUCGCUCUCAAUGUUGACGGUCCACCCAGCCUCGUCCUUAUCAUUGACACCGAUAAACUCCUCACCGCCUGCCAAAGCGGCAUACAUACUGAGGGUCAGAGCCCUGUUUUGCCCUGGAAGGAAUGGGGUCCAAACUGUUCGCGAUGCAUUUUAGACCCUGUACCUAACAGCCUUUUCGUCCUGCGAUUAGAAGUCGCCGGCGGUAGAGCAGUCCAUGCUACCCCAAAUGAUGUCAAUUGCACAUCUUAUAGCUUGCGCACGUACGACUUCAACAAGUAUCGCAUGUCGCGUGCCGCAGCUUCCAAGGAUUUUCGUGGCCGCAUUAUUACAGAACCGUCGACAUUCAAACACCAACAACUCGAUGAAGAAAUUGUAACAAACCUUCCUUACAUGGUCGUUGUGGACGAGGAACGCAUCGAGACGACUUCGAACAUGAUAGAUGUCACUUUCGAUGACGAGAACAUCUUGAUCAUUAAGGCUUGUAAAUCUCAUCUGUUUGAGUGUGCGACGCUGAGACACCACACAGAGCUCGGAGCAGGAUGAAAACGAAUUUGUAAUCAAUGUUGCUAAACCCUCCUCUAUGGCUGUGCGGGGGAAAUAGGAUGUAUAGAAUUGUAGAAUUUAUGUCGUUAAAAAGGAUUGCGAGGCUGCGUCGAACCAAUGUUAGACGUCAUGUUCUUGAUAUUGGUUUAUAGUUUUUGAGUCCUGACCAACAUAUUCUGUAUGUACUAUGUGCUAUAACACCUGGUAUAUAUCCCUAUACUGCCAGUAAUUAC